AUGCCUUACAUCAUGCAGCAUGUCAAGGACAAUAAUGGAGGAAAUGCCUUACAUAAUGCGGCCUGGGGAGGUAACAUUGAUUUACUCAAUUUUCUGUUGGAGAAAGGUUUUGAUGUCAAAACAAAAAGAAAUGAUGGGAAAACUGCGUUUCACUAUUCCUGUAUGAACGGAGAACUAGAGAUGUGUAAGUACUUGGUCAAUACUUAUCCUCAUUUACUAGAUGUCAAAGACAAUAAUGGAGGAAAUGCCUUACAUGAUGCAGCCUGGGGAGGUAACAUUGAUUUACUCAAUUUUCUGUUGGAGAAAGGUUUUGAUGUCAAAACCAAAAGAAACGAUGGGGGUACUGUGCUUCACCAGUGCUGUAUGAACGGAAAACUAGAGAUGUGUAAGUACUUGGUCAAUACUUAUCCUCAUUUAGUUGAUGUCAAAGACAAUGAUGGAGAGAAUGCCUUACAUGCUGCAGCCUGGGGAGGUAACAUUGAUUUACUCAAUUUUCUGUUGGAGAAAGGCUUUGAUAUCGAAACCAAAAGAAAUGAUGGGAAAACUGUGCUUCACCAGUGCUGUAUGAACGGAAAACUAGAGAUGUGUAAGUACUUGGUCAAUACUUAUCCUCAUUUACUAAAUCUCAAAGACAAUAUUGGAGGAAAUGCCUUACAUGCUGCAGCCUUGGGAGGUAACAUUGAUUUACUCAAUUUUCUGUUGGAGAAAGGUUUUGAUGUCAAAACCAAAAGAAAUGAUGGGAAAACUGUGCUUCACUAUUCCUGUAUGAACGGAAAACUAGAGAUGUGUAAGUACUUGCUCAAUACCUAUCCUCAUUUCCUAGAUGUCAAAGACAAUAAUGGAGGAAAUGCCUUACAUGAUGCAGCCUUGGGAGGUAACAUUGAUUUACUCAAUUUUCUGUUGGAGAAAGGUUUUGAUGUCAAAACCAAAAGUAAUGAUGGGAAAACUGUGCUUCACCAAUGCUGUAUGAACCAAGAACAAGAGAUGUGUAAGUACUUGGUCAAUACUUAUCCUCAUUUACUUAAUCUCAAAGACAAUAAUGGAGGAAAUGCCUUACAUGAUGCAGCCUGGGGAGGUAACAUUGAUUUACUCAAUUUUCUGUUGGAGAAAGGUUUUGAUGUCAAAACCAAAAGAAAUGAUGGGGGUACGGUGCUUCAUCUAUGCUGUAUGAGCGGAAAUCUAGAGAUGUGUAAGUACUUGGCGAAUACUUAUCCUCAUUUACUAGAUGUCAAGGACAAUAAUGGAGGAAAUGCCUUACAUAAUGCGGCCUGGGGAGGUAACAUUGAUUUACUCAAUUUUCUGUUGGAGAAAGGUUUUGAUGUCAAAACAAAAAGAAAUGAUGGGAAAACUGCGUUUCACUAUUCCUGUAUGAACGGAGAACUAGAGAUGUGUAAGUACUUGGUCAAUACUUAUCCUCAUUUACUAGAUGUCAAAGACAAUAAUGGAGAAAAUGCCUUACAUAAUGCAGCUUGGGGAGGUAACAUUGAUUUACUCAAUUUUCUGUUGGAGAAAGGUUUUGAUGUCAAAACCAAAAGAAAUGAUGGGAAAACUGUGCUUCACUAUUCCUGUAUGAACGGAAAACUAGAAAUGUGUAAGUACUUGGUCAAUACUUAUCCUGAUUUACUAGAUGUCAAAGACAAUAAUGGAGGGAACGCCUUACAUCAGGCAGCGUGGGGAGGUUAUAUUGAUUUACUCAAAUUUCUGUUGGAGAAAGGAUUUGAUGUCAAAACCAAAAGAAUUGAUGGGAAAACUGUGCUUCACCAGUGCUGUAUGAACGGAAAACUAGAGAUGUGUAAGUACUUGGUCAAUACUUAUCCUCAUUUAGUUGAUGUCAAAGACAAUAAUGGAGGAAAUACCUUACAUGCUGCAGCCUUGGGAGGUAACAUUGAUUUACUCAAUUUUCUGCUGGAGAAUGGUUUUGAUGUCAAAACCAAAAGAAAUGAUGGGAAAACUGUGCUUCACCAGUGUUGUAUUAACGGAAAACUAGAGAUGUGUAAGUACUUGGUCAAUGCUUAUCCUCAUUUAGUUGAUGUCAAAGACAAUAAUGGAGAGAAUGCCUUACAUAAUGCGGCCUUUGGAGGUAACAUUGAUUUACUCAAUUUUCUGUUGGAGAAAGGUUUUGAUGUCGAAACCAAAAGAAAUGAUGGGAAAACUGUGCUUCACUAUUCCUGUAUGGACGGAAAACUAGAAAUGUGUAAGUACUUGGUCAAUACUUAUCCUCAUAUACUAGAUCUCAAAGACAACAUUGGAGGAAAUGCCUUACAUGAUGCAGCGUGGGGAGGUAACAUUGAUUUACUCAAUUUUCUGUUGGAGAAAGGUUUUGAUGUCAAAACCAAAAGAAAUGAUGGGAAAACUGUGCUUCACUAUUCCUGUAUGAACGGAAAACUAGAGAUGUGUAAGUACUUGGUCAAUACUUAUCCUCAAUUACUAUAUGUAAAAGACAAUAAUGGAAGAAAUGCCUUACAUGCUGCAGCUUGGGGAGGUAACAUUGAUUUACUCAAUUUUCUGUUGGAGAAAGGCUUUGAUAUCGAAACCAAAAGAAAUGAUGGGAAAACUGUGCUUCACCAGUGCAGUAUGAACGGAGAACUAAAUAUGUGUAAGUACUUGGUCAAUACUUAUCCUCAUUUACUAAAUGCCACAGACAAAAAUGGAGAAAAUGCCUUACAUCAUGCAGCGUGGGGAGGUAACAUUGAUUUACUCAAUUUUCUGUUGGAGAAAGGUUUUGAUAUCGAAACCAAAAGAAAUGAUGGGAAAAGUGUGCUUCACCAGUGCUGUAUGAACGGAAAACUAGAGAUGUGUAAGUACUUGCUCAAUACUUAUCCUCAUUUAGUUGAUGUCAAAGACAAUGAUGGAGAGAAUGCCUUACAUGAUGCAGCGUGGGGAGGUAACAUUGAUUUACUCAAUUUUCUGUUGGAGAAAGGUUUUGAUAUCGAAACCAAAAGAAAUGAUGGGAAAAGUGUGCUUCACCAGUGCUGUAUUAACGGAAAACUAGAGAUGUGUUUUGAUGACAAUGAUGGAGAGAAUGCCUUACAUGCUGCAGCGUGGGGAGGUAACAUUGAUUUACUCAAUUUUCUGUUGGAGAAAGGUUUUGAUGUCAAAACCAAAAGAAAUGAUGGGAAAACUGUGCUUCACCAAUGCUGUAUGAACGGAGAACUAGAGAUGUGUAAGUACUUGGUCAAUACUUAUCCUCAUUUACUAAAUGCCACAGACAAAAAUGGAGAAAAUGCUUUACAUGAUGCAGCGUGGGGAGGUAACAUUGAUUUACUCAAUUUUCUGUUGGAGAAAGGCUUCGAUAUCAAAACCAAAAAUAAUGAUGGGAAAACUGUGCUUCACCGUAGCUGUAUAAACGGAAAACUAGAGAUGUGUAAAUAUUUUGUCAAUACUUAUCCUCGUUUACUCCAUGUGAAAGACAAUAAUGGAGGAAAUGCCUUACAUGAUGCAGCGUGGGGAUGGAACAUUGAAGUUUUGACCUUUCUGGCGGAGAAAAGCUUGAAAAAUACAAGAAGGAGAUGUAAUAGUGGAAGUGUUUGCAACUCGUGUUGUAUAAGUUAA